UGAUUCACAAAUCUAGACUCAGCAUUUAGUGACGUUUCCCCCUUCUUUCACAUCUCCUGAAUUCUCAUUGUUGCAGUUCCAAUGAUGUGGAUAUAAUACCCAAGUGUGUUGCGGGACAUUGCAAAGAUAGAGAAGAGGUUAAAUUGUUGCAGGAUUAUUUCGCCUUGGAUGAGUUCCAGCAACUCUGAGAGGGUUUGGGGAAUCCAACUCUUUUGUAAACUUCCUGCCCACUUUUUGACAUGAUGUGCAUUUAAUGCAGCUCUGUCUUCCGGUGGUAUUGCCUGACUUCUUACUCAGUUCUGGAAAUAGCAGCACAGCUCAAAGUCCUGGGCUAUAAAUCCCCAAUUUUCUUUAACUUUCUACACCUCGAUUCAGAGCAGAUUACUUUCCAUGGAUUUUACCAUCCCGGCUGUGGUCUUCUUGACCCUCUCCUGCUGCCUUGUGCCUACAGAAGCCCGAAACUAUAAUUCUAUCCUCACAGUGUCAAAUGGAGGACCAUGGGGUAUUUGGGGUGAAAUCCAGUUUUGUCCAGCAGGAUCUUAUGCUCAUGGCUUCUCACUGAAGGUAGAGCCAGUUCAAGGCCUUGGGGAUGAUACAGCCCUGAAUGGAAUCCGCCUCCACUGCACAGACGGAUCAAUAAUUGAGUCUUCAGUUGGACCGUGGGGAUCCUGGAAAGAAAUUAAAUACUGUCCCCAAGGCAAUCUGGUCUCCUUCUCUCUGAGAGUGGAAGAACACCAAGGCGAAGGUGAUGAUACAGCGGCCAACAACGUCCAGUUCACCUGCCAAGAUGGAACUGCACUGACAGGCCAGGGACUUGCCUGGGGUAGAUUCGGCUCUUGGAGCAGUCGCUGCUAUUCAGGUUCUGUCUGUGGGAUCCAGACAAAGAUGCAGGGUUACCAAGGCGAGCGCGAUGACACAGCACUUAAUGAUGUGGAGCUCUUCUGCUGUCGCUGAACACUACGGUGUCUCCUUAUCAUACAACGUUUCUCUGCUACUUUUCAGUUGUCAUGGAUGUUAACCACAAUUAAAUAUCAGCUUGAGAAUGG